GGGCGCCACGCGCCGUCCCGGCAGCCCCCGCGGCUCGGCGCGGCGCGGCGCGAUGGCGGCGGCGGCGGCGGCGGCGGCGGGCGCGGAGGAGCGGCGCGGCGGCUGGGGCGCGGCGGGGCCGGAGCGCGGGCCCGGCUCGCUGGACUCGCUGCUGAGCCGGCUGCCGCUGACGCCGUCGCCGCGGAAGCGCACGGCGAGCCAGUGCAAGCCGGAGCCGCCGCUGCUGCGCACCAGCAAGCGGACGAUCUACACGGCGGGCCGCCCGCCCUGGUACAGCGAGACCGGGGCGCCCGUGGACGAGGCCUUCGUCAUCGGCCUGUGCGGCGGCAGCGCCUCGGGCAAGACGACGGUGGCGACGCGGAUCAUCGAGGCGCUGGACGUGCCCUGGGUGGUGCUGCUCUCCAUGGACUCCUUCUACAAGGUGCUGGACGAGGGGCAGCAGGCGCUGGCGGCCCGCAGCGACUACAACUUCGACCACCCCGACGCCUUCGACUUCGAGCUGCUCGUCAGCGUCCUCCGCAAGCUGAAGAAGGGCAAGAGCGUGAAGGUGCCGGUCUACGACUUCACCACGCACAGCCGCCGCCGCGAGUGGAAAACAGUGUACGGGGCUAACGUCAUCGUGUUCGAGGGGAUUCUGGCUUUUGCCAACAAGGAGCUGCUGAAGCUCCUGGACAUGAAAGUGUUUGUGGACACGGACUCCGACAUCCGGCUGGUGCGGCGGCUGCAACGCGACAUCAUGGAACGCGGGCGAGACAUCGUGGGUGUCAUCAAGCAGUACAACAAGUUUGUGAAGCCAGCCUUCGAGCAGUACAUCGAGCCCACCGUGCAGGUCGCCGACAUCGUGGUGCCCAGGGGUGGGGAGAACUUCGUGGCUCUGGACCUCAUUGUGCAGCACGUGCACAGCCAGCUGGAGAAGCGUGAAAUCACCGUCAGGGCAGCCCUGGCCUCUGCCCACCAGGGACAGCCCCUGCCGAAGACGCUGAGCGUGCUGGAGAACACGCCCCAGGUGCGAGGCAUGCACACCAUCAUCAGGAACAAGGACACGACCAGGGAUGAGUUCAUCUUCUACUCCAAGCGCCUCAUGAGGCUGUUGAUCGAACAUGCCCUCUCCUUCCUGCCGCUCAAGUCGGUUACUGUGGAGACGCCCCAGGGGACAACGUACGAAGGAAAGCGGUUUCACAGGCAGAGGAUCACGGGCGUGUCCAUCCUGAGAGCCGGGGAGACCAUGGAGCAGGCCCUCACUGCCGUCUGCAAAGACAUCCGGCUGGGCAAGAUACUCAUCCAGACCAACCACGACACGGGGGAGCCCGAGCUCCACUACCUGCGCCUUCCCAAGGAGAUCGGCGAAGACUACGUCAUCCUCAUGGACAGCACCGUGUCCACGGGUGCCGCGGCCAUGAUGGCCGUGCGCGUGCUGCUGGACCACGAUGUCCAGGAGGACAAGAUCUUCCUGCUGUCACUGCUGAUGGCGGAGAUGGGCGUGCACUCGGUGGCUUACGCCUUUCCUCGCGUCCGCAUCAUCACCACCGCCGUGGAUAAGAGGAUCAACGAGGAGUUCCACAUCAUCCCGGGCAUCGGUAACUUCGGGGACAGAUACUUCGGUACCGACGGCCCGUCCGCCUGGUGCGAGAGCGACGGCAUGGACUGCUGAGCGGGCUGCCCCCGCCACCCCGCCGCCGGGGGGGCCGCCCACCUCCGCCCCCGGGAGGGGCUCCCCCCGCCAGCCCCAGGCCCUCCGGCCCCGCAGGACCAGCCCCGCCGCCGGCCUCUCCCCCUGCCCCGCGACACGGCUCCGGCGGGACGGACCGUCACCCCGCGGGCCGCUCGGAGCAGGGGCCGGCGGCCGGGGCGCAGCGCCCGCGAGGCUGCCCGGGGCGCGGGCGUGCGCGCAGGCUCGCUUGCUGCAACCUCUAUUUAUUUGUAUUUAUUCUGAGCAGCUGCCCCGGCGCUCCUGCAGCCAGCGGCCUGCAACCUACCGGGGACCGGGGCUCCUCCCGGGAACGCCGCCCCGCCGCUCCCGCCGCCGGCCCCGGGAGGGAGGCGGUGCCCCUGCAGCGCAGCCACGGUUCCGUGCUGGAGCCCGGUGCCGGGGCGGGGAGCUGGGCCUGCCCGUCCCGUCCCGUCCCGCCCGGCGGGGCUCGGUGCACCGGGGGCGGCCGGUGUCGCGCCGCUGCCCGCGCUCGGUCCUGUACGCGGCGCCCCGCGCUCGCACGGCAAUAAAGGAGCAGCGCCGA